GACUUUUGCGUCCGUGAUACUGGCCGCCUGCAUCUCGGGAUUGUGUUUUCUGUUUUCCGCCGUCGCUGUAGACCGGACAAUAAUGGAACCGUUGACGGGCGACGGGGGCGAGGAGCUCUCUCUGUUGUCGCUGCAGGGAAACGGUGAGGGGGAGCCCUUGCAGCCGACGCAGCAGUGCAAAGGCGACAGCUCCUGGCGGUUGAACUUCGAUGGAAUCCAUUUGAACUUUCUGCAGCUCGCCUUGUACACCAUCCGCAGAUGGUCAAUGACGGUGUUGGAAAAUGUGAACUCACUGGUUGGAAGAUCUGCUACACCAGAACAUCUUCAGAAACUCACCUACCUGUGCUGGAACCACCACAGGGCCAUAAGACAUAUUGAUACAGUCCGUGCUUACACCUUCGGGUCUCACUACUUUGUGGAGGUUGACAUAGUAUUUCCAGCAACGAUGCCCUUGCGGGAGGCCCAUGACAUUGGUGAAGCCCUGCAGGAGAAGCUUGAGGAGCUGCCUGAGAUCGAGCGCGCCUUUGUUCACCUAGAUUAUGAAUUCACUCACAAACCUGAACAUGGACAAUCAGUCAAUCACACUCUUCGGAAGCAUCACACACCAUCCACCAACAAAUCCUAGGUAUAGAGAAAUACAUUCUCCGGAUAUAACAGAUCGUGCCGUUCAAGAUGGGCAACUUGCAGAUAUUUAGUGGAUGGGAAAUUUAUUUAGUAGAUAUGCAAUAAGAGUUUUUAGACUACUUUUGGACUGCUGCUCAUCAUUUUGAUAAUUUAAUAUUUAGAAUUAUAUUGUUGGACACUUUUGUGUAGAACAUCUAAUGUCAUUGUUUAAGAAGGUUAUGCUCAUUAUUUCGCCCUUUAUUAAUUAAUAUCCCAUGAUGAG